AUGCAGAAAUACGUCUUACUCAUUGCAUUCAUCACCACUGUAGCCUGCCAUGAGGCCAGGAAGCACAGGGUGGAAGAUCCAUUCUCAGCCCUAGACAAACACAUCACCCACACACUCGCCUACCAUUACCUGUGGCCAUGGAGUCAACUCAUCCGGGCAGCAGCUGCUCUAGACGUCGAAGAAGUUCUUGAAGAACCCCAGAUUGUGUCAGACAACGAGAAACUGCUCAUCAAUCUCAACGUAAGGAGGUUCAAGCCUGACGAGUUGAGGAUCAAAGUGAAGAACCGCUACAUCAUUGUUGAAGGAAAGCACAAGGAGAAGGAUGACGUCCAGCAGUUCAUGGCUAACCACUUCGUCCAGCGGUUCGUGCUGCCUCCUGGUAGCAAACAGGAAGAAGUGACUGCGGUCCUCAAGGAAAAUGGUGUUCUAACAGUGUCUGUGCCCAAACAUGAGCUGCCCCCUCCACCACCAGAGAGGGAAGUGCCCAUCGAAGUGAGGCUACCAGUUAAAGUGGAAGACAAAACAGAAAUACCUGUUACUGUAAAAGAAGAGAAAAUUGAAACCACAACAGUUAAGAAGGAGGUUCCAGUCCAGGCAUCUUCGGUGACACCCUUGGAACAGUUGGAAUUAGUGGAAGCGACCACACAUGUUGGCAAGAUCAGGAAGAAGGAGCUGAAGACCACAACUAAAACAUCAAAGGACAACGAAGUGUCAAAGGGGAUUGAUGGGAACGGCUUAGAUUAUGCUUUGAUUGAAGCGGAGUGA